AUGGCGGCCCUUCGCGGAGGCGAUCAGGUCUAUGCAACGCUCCUGUUGAACGACACAUACCUUCCAGGCGCACUAGUUCUUGCUCAUUCUUUGCGCGAUGCCGGCACCUCGAGACAGCUCGCCGUCUUGGUCACGCUCGAUACCGUCUCCGCUGAGGUCAUCACCGAACUCAAGGCCGUCUACGACCAUGUCAUCCCUGUGCCGAGAAUACGAAACGACCGACCCGCCAACCUCUACCUCAUGAACCGCCCCGACCUGCACUCCGCCUUUACCAAAGUCAACCUGUGGAGACAGACCCAAUUCUCCAAGAUUGUCUACAUUGACGCCGAUGUCGUUGCGUACCGGGCUCCCGACGAGCUGUUCGACAUCGCCGCGCCCUUUUCUGCGGCGCCCGACAUUGGUUGGCCGGACCUCUUCAACACAGGUGUCAUGGUGCUCAGCCCCAACAUGGGCGACUACUAUGCGCUCAUGGCCAUGGCCGAGCGAGGAAUCUCGUUCGACGGCGCCGACCAGGGUUUGUUGAACAUGCACUUCAAGAACACGUACAACCGCAUCAGCUUCACCUACAACGUCACUCCUUCGGCGCACUACCAAUACGUCCCCGCCUACCGCCACUUCCAGUCGAGCAUCAACAUGGUCCACUUCAUUGGUCCCGACAAGCCCUGGUUCAAGGGCCGCCAACCGAGCCAGACCGACUCGCCUUUCGAGGACAUGGUCGGCAGGUGGUGGGCCGUCUAUGAUCGCCACUACAGAGCCACGGAGACGAAAGCUGCUGCCCCUCCACAGCAUGACAACGUCCCGGAAAUUGUACAAUACUUCACCAAGGGAGAAUUCCAGCCGCAAGUUGCUCAUGUAGCAUCAACGGAGCAGGUUCCAGCGCACCAGGAGCGAGGUCCAUCACCGCCACCUGCGGAGCCGCCGCGAGAGCCAAGCCACCCCCCCGUGCCAGCAUGGGAUGCUCAGAGACAACCGCCCCCCGCAGACUCGAGGCCGGAGGCUCUCAACUUCCCGUCGCAGGUGUAUGAAAUGUCUCAGGAUACCGCUCCGUUUGUGCCCCCCGAACGAUACCCGAGCCCGCCGCGCAACAUGUGGUACGAGGUCCCCAAGGAGAAGCCUGCGCCGCCGACGCAGAAGCCGCGACCCAUCUUCCCCUGGGAGGUGAACCAGCCCAAACCGACCCGCAUCUUUACCGGGGAACUGGCAUCGCCAUCGGCCGAGGAGCCCUCGAGCACACCAACUGGUGAGAAAACGGAGUCAUCCGCAUUCCAGGCUCUUGCUGAGCCGUCUCUUAUAGGAUCAUCGACGACUGGCCAAAAGAGCGAGCCCAGCACCCCAGCCACCCCGACCAUCAGAGUUGCCACGUCGGAUCCUUGGAACGCCUUCACACGUACCAAUGCCUGGGACGAAGUGCCCGAGAUCGAGCGCUACGUCGAGGGUCUUCAGAAGCAUCGUCGUGGGAGGAGCCAAGGGUCGCUGGGCGGCACACCUGUUGCGAAGGUGGCAAAGGAGCACGGGCUCAAGCUCACCGACUUCCCCAGCGUAGUCGACCGACCAAGUCUUCCAGUCACUCCCGCGCCGAUUCGCCGGCCAAAGUUCUGGGGCGGUGGCGGCCCUGGUGCCAGCGAAGGUGACGACGAGGAGGAGCUGCCGGCCGCCCAUGGCGUGCCGCCGCAGUCUGACUGGGACCCAGCAGUUCAGCUCCAGAAACUGGCUAAGCAGCAGUCUGAGGCUUUGCUGAAGAAGCUUGGUGGUGAAGGAGGUCCCGAGGGUUCAUCUGGAGGGGUGGUGCUCAGCCCGCAGCCGGUAAAAGGCGGCGUUGCCUCGAGCAUUGUGCGCAAUAUUGGUGGUGAGACGGAUCACUCGACAGCAGCCCGGACCCCCGGCACCGUGUCGUCGUCGUCUGCCAUUCCGGAACCGUCUUAUCAGGGCCCGGGCGCCGCCUGGGAGAAGGGCGAAGACGUGCCGUUGAGGGAGACGCCCGCACUGCCCACGGAACAGGAGCGCGACGUGCUCGACACAUGA